AUGGGGGAGGAGGGCAGGUCUUCGGGCAUAGCUGCUGCUUCUUCUGGAAAUGACUUAGCCAUUCUUGCUGGUAAUCUUGAAGAGCCUCCUGCAUUUUCUUCUGAGCAAGCUGAAAGGGAUGGAUUUUUGGAGCAUCUGGGUUCUCUGUCUGUGCAGAGCAGACAGGAAGAUGACCCAGGCUCCAUGGACUCAUGCGCCGAAAAGGAUUGGUAUCGGUCUGGGCUGUCCCCUUUCAAGGGGACGGCUUCUUCGGGGAGUUUUUCUGGAGUUCACGAACAGUCCGCUGCCUCAUCUUGGGAUGUGGUACUUCCUCCUGCAGCAUCUGUGCCUAGGCGCGUGGAUAGGGCCGUGGCUGCCGCUUAUCAGUCCUUGGAAGGGUCCACUACGAAGCAUGUCUGGGAGGAUGACUUCUGGGGAAAUCUGUUUUCAACGGUGCCAGAGGAGCCCUUCAAGGGUUUCUAUGGCACGAGCCUGGAGAGGCCCCUGCAACCAGAUCUUCCAGUGGCUGCUGUGGAGCCAGUCGCGGUCAGGCCUAGGCAGGUUGAGAUGGCCAGCCUGAGAUUCUUUGAGAUGUCUGUGGUGAAGAGAAGGGCAGUCACCUGGAAGCAGAUGAGGGCGGAGCAGCUCGCAGAAGCGGUGGGUUGCUGGGUCGUCUUCAUUGCGAGGAAGGCGACUUUUGAGGCCGUAGUCUUCUGUCGCUUCGUUCUCGGCGUGGAGGAGUUGGACUUGACGGUCAAGAGCAGGAGGUGCCUGGGCAAUGCAUGUCACGGUGAGAUCAAUCCCAAGUUUCGGGCUUCGCCUUUCACGGUGUCAGAGCUGGGAGUGCUACACGAGAGGUUGGAAUCGGCUGCGGACGCUUGGGACAGGGUCUUCUCUGGAUCGGUUCUUUUGUGCACUUACUCCAGGGCUCGAUGGCCGGACCUCAUGCAUGCUGAGCGCAUCAUCUAUGACUACGAUGCGGCACAAAACCUAGCAUAUGUUGAAUGUCCUGUGGCAUACCGCAAGACGAUGAGGAGAAGUACGAUGAGACACGAUCUUCUCCCGAUGGUGGCGCCUGGACUAGGAGUCGCUGGCUCGAAUUGGGCUAGGCUCUGGAAGCUUGCCCGACAGGAGCUCGGGCUGGGCGACCCGCCUGACUUCCCGAUCAUGCCGGCACCGGACAAGUCCGGCGCCCCGACAGUUAGGCCGCUCGACACGGAGGAGAUGGGCCGCUGGUUGAGAUGCAUUCUCUUUGGGUCCAGUGCAAAGCAGAGUGAGCGAAAGGUGACUUCGCACAGCUGCAAGUGCACCAUGCUUAGCUACGCUGCUAAGUGGGGUGUUUCCGUCGCGGAUAGGCAGCGGCAGCUGCUCGGGUAUCACAGCACUCCUUACAGGAUGGCUCUCACUUACUCGAGGGACGCUGCUGCUCAGCCCUUGAUGGUCUUGGAAAGGCUCAUCUCCUCUAUCAGGGAAGGAAAGUUUCGCCCCGAUGAAACCAGGAGCGGCA